AUGGCUGAUAAGAUCACGAUACAGACGACCAGCGCUUUGACACCGCCCUUCUCUCCCCGUCCCAUCCCACCCCCAACCGCCACCGCUGCCACCCUCAGUAGUCCCACAACAUCGCCAUCCGAACCCGCGCAUCAGAAUGGGCACAUCGUUACCAGCCAGGAUCGGACCACGACGGGCCCACAACCGCGUGAGCCCGUGCUCGACUCGGUCAUAGCAAUACCGCUCACAGCAGAAGAGUCCCUUCCUACUAUAAGCGGCAAAAAUAACGAAGCAUACCUCGCCAACGACGACCCCCGUCAGUUCCUCUUAUACGACCUCGAUCUCUCUCGCUUGAACCGCAUACAUGGACACCUAUGGAUGGCAGGGCGUCCCAUGCGCGCCAGGCCAUUGCAUAGAUACACGAUGCUGGGCAUGGAAGUGCUAGGCACACAACAAAUGGAUUUACAUCUGCUGAAGUACUCGACCAAGCUUAUAGUCAAGCCGUUGCCGGAAUGGAUGCUCAGCUAUGAGUUCUGGCAAGAGUAUAUCUGCAAGCCUGCGGAUGCGGAUCUUGGUGACGAGACAGCAAAAGGCCUGUGGGAGAGUGCCGCGGGGUUUCUGGUGAGCUAUGUGUGGCUUAUCACUACACCGUUGGACUUGAAGAUCGCGCACGAGAACACGCUUCUACCGAGCUUUGUCACCUGGCACUGGUGGAAAGCUUUCGUGAAAGAUUUCAUGGGCCAUGUGGACAUCAACACGCUACAGAAAGUCAACAAACGCUACCAUUUCGGUGAUCUCAGGCUGGGGAGGAUCAACAGCAUUUAUCGGACACGAUUUGCGCAUACGCAUUUCGUGAGAGGCUACGGAUACAAUCGCUACGUGAUCUUCUUCCAGCGAAACUUCUCCUGGAUCCUCAUCGUGUUCGUGUUCUUUAGUCUGGUUCUAUCAGCCAUGCAAGUUGGAGUGGGUCUGGAGGAACUCAAAGAUAAUCACCAUUUCCUUGAUGCCACUUAUUACUUCGUUGUUUUCAGCAUGAUAUCCGUGGUCGUCGUACUGGCAUUCGUUACGAUCGUCUUUAUCGGCAUCUUUCUCUUCAACAUGUACAAGGCUAUCACGCAUGCGGGGAGUACACAGAAGUGGAGACUUAAGAUGUUUCGGAGGAAUCAGGAGGAGGGUAAGGAUGCUUGA